AUGUUCACCUCCUGCAGCAGAGCAUCUUUAUUAAUAAGAUCAACCAUCUCGUCCCUCCGCCAGUCCUCUUCUCGUGCAACUUCACCACUCCUCUCACCCUUCUCAUCACCCCGCACAAGCACCAGCACCACCGUCACACCAAAACUCUACUACGCCCGCGCCAUGUCCUCCGCAGUAUCCCUCGUCGAGUCGGCCAAAAAGGCCGCCGCCUACCGCGCCGUUGAUGAGCACCUCGAUGCGUCGGCCCGCUUCGUCGGCAUCGGCUCCGGCAGCACUGUCGUCUACGUCGUCGACGCCAUCGCCGCAAAGGGCCCCUCCUUCUGGUCCAACAUGACCUUCUUCCCCACCGGCAGCCAGUCCAAGGGCCUCAUCCGCGCCGCCGGCCUGCGUCUGUGCAACCUCGACGAGAGGCCACUGGGCCCCGACGGCAAGCUCGUCGCUUUGGAUGUCGCGUUCGACGGUGCGGACGAGGUCGACGCCGACCUGAACUGCAUCAAGGGCGGCGGUGCCUGCUUGUUGCAGGAGAAGCUUGUCGCCAUUGCCGCCAAGAAGUUCGUUGUUGUUGCUGACUACCGCAAGCUCUCUCAGAGGCUACUCACCAACUGGAAGGCCAUCCCCAUCGAGGUCCUCCCCAUGUCCGCCCCGGACGUCCUGGACCGCCUCACGGACCUCGGCUCCAUCAAGCCCAUCGUCCGCCCGGGUCUGCCCGCCAAGGCCGGCGAGGCCGUCACCGACAACGGCAUGUGGAUCAUCGACGCGCCGUUCCCCCAGCUCCUCCUGCCCUCGGACGUCGAGGCCGGCGCCAGCCGCAACGCCGCUGGCGCCUGGGAAGUCUCGGCGCUGGCCAAGGAGCUGCUGCUGAUCCCCGGCAUUGUCGAGAUCGGCAUCUUCCACGGCCUCAACGGGCUGCAGGCGGCCCAGGCCGGCAAGUUUGGUCUCGCGCAGAAGCCGGUCGCGGCGUACUUUGGUAUGGAGGAUGGCAGUGUGAAGGUUACUGGCGCAUAG